AUGGAUCUGCAAAACGGAUCGUCAAAAUAGUACAACUUUCCUUAAAUGAAAACAAAUGAUUCAAUUUCUUUAAUUAAAGACUCUUUUUAAUAGUUAGUGCUAGUCAUUUAUGUUUUGUCAUUUUAUUUAUGCCUAUGAUGAAUCUAUUAAAAGGAAUCGCUCAUGUUAUACCUUUUAGAACAAUAUGUUUAUUGUUUAUGAUUUGGAACAACUCCAGUUAUGCAAUUCAAGGUAAUGAGAAGAAUGUAGGGUUCUAUUGUGAUGAUGAAAGUAUAAAGAAAUCUUACCAUGGGGACUCUAUUAAUAUAUACAUGCUAUUUUUUGUCCUCUUAGGAGUUUUUGGUUUCAUUGUUAACCAAUGUGUGCCUGUUUUAGAGGAAGAGAAGAAAAAGAAAAGCAAUUGUUUUUCUAACUAUCACUUAAGAGAUUAUUAUACUGGAUUUCUUUUUGUGAUAACCAUUACAGAGGUUUUUAAAUUUAUAUUUACUGAAUUACGUCCUCAUUUCUUUUAUACUUGCAUGCCUGAUAUGACUAAAAUAGAUUGCUCAAAAGGAUUAGUUACAAGUUUUAAUUGUACUGGAACUGGACCCAGAUGGCUUGUAGAUCGAGAUAUUUAUAAAUCUUUUCCAUCAGGACACUCAUCUACCUCAGUAUAUGCCUUUGUUUUCAUAACUCUUUUAUUAUGUAAGAGGAGGAAAUCUUCUAAAAGUGUGUGGUGUCACAGAUUUGUUCCUGUUUUAUUUUUUAUCUGGGCAGUAAUGUGCUGCAUGUCAAGAAUACUUGAUAACAGGCAUUUUUGGUGGGAUGUUCUAUUUGGUGUUUCCAUAGGCAUUAUUGGUGGUUAUAUAAUGGCCAGAUAUUCCUUGAGAAGAGCUCACUCGCAUUGCAAAACUACUUAAUGUAUGCUCGCUUCAAAAUGAAAACAUGAUGCUGCUUUUUAUAUUUGUUACAAAUUUAUGGAUUCAUUCAUGUAAACUUUUUCCUACCUUCGAAGAUUUAUAAUGUUAUUUUGCUUUAUUGUUGUUAAAUAUUUAUAUUGUUAUUUAUCAAACUGUUCAUCUAUUGAGUCAGAAAAUUUUACGAAUUUUUUUUAUAUUAUUAAUUUUGGAAGUUUCACUUAUGAGCUGAAAAAUGAUGCAACAUGAUUCUUAUAAUUGUUUGUGAUAUUUUAGUGUUUGCUUGUUUUGAAAUUAUUGCUUGGAUAAAUUAUAUUUUGUUAUUACACAAUUUAUUUUGUUUUAGUUUGUAUAAAUGAUCUUAUUUUGAUAAGAAUUGUAAAAAAAAAAAAAAAAGAUAAGAAAAUGUUGCAGUAUUUAAAUUGACAUUGAUGGAGAAAGGGGUGUAGGGAUCAUCAGAGGAACGAACAAAUUUGUGUUUAUUUAUUUAUUUAAUUUUUUUGUAACCAUUCUUUGUAUUAUUCACAUUUCUUAAAUUUAGAAGUUUGCUUUGAGCAUAACCAUUUGCUUAAGCUACGAAAAUGGAGUAAAAGUAGAACUAUCAAUUACAACAAACUUUUCGUAAUUUCUGUGAAUUUUAAUUUUGACUGUAGAAUUAAGUAAAAUGUAGUUUAAUAUUUUGUUUAAUUAAUACUUUUAGUGCAUUUUUUUGUCCAAUCUUUAGGCAUUGCCUUAUUUUUAAAAAAAAUUUUAGGUCUAAGAUUCUUUCUCUAAUUUGCAAUAUUCUUUUCUCUCUUUCUCACCAAUUAUUUUUCCUAUUUUUUAUAUAAAUAAAUAACUUUUUUUUUUCUAAUUUUAUUUCUGGAGAUGUAGCAAAAUGACUGCAUUGUCAAAAAUUUUCAAUCAUGUACUUUUCAAUGUCAACUUUAAAUUUUUAGAUUCAUCAUGAAUAAGGUGCAUUCUUUGUUAGCAAUUCUGAUUUUUCAAUAAGGUCUAUUAAGGGUCAUUCACUAGUUAAUUUUGGUAAAGUUAUAAGUUUCACAAUGAAAUAGGGAUUUCUAUGGUCAGUUUUGCUAUCUAAGUCUUUUUUUUUAUUAGUCUAAAGUCACAUUUAUAUUAAUUUUUUUGAAAUUUAAUUGUAAGUUUCUUUCUAGUAUCACAUUUUAUGUGCAUAUUUGUCAAUUUUUCCAAUUUUGUUGGUUACUCAUUCAUAUCUUUCUAUAAAAAACUGAAAUUUUCUGUUGGAUUCAAAAAACUUAUACUUUUAUUAUUUUUCAAUAACUUAU